UCAUCAAUGGAUAGUAUAAUAUCACCGGAAGGGUGUGGUGUGGGCCGCGAGUCAGUGCUGAUGAACGGCCAGUGUUUCCGCUGGUAUGCAAACUAUACACAACAACAGGACAUACAGUUUGGACGAUCGGCCAAACCGGGAGAAGUGCCGUUUGCGGUAUAUAUUCACAAAUAUAAGAAACUAUGGAUAUUUCCUUACGGGGAAAGUAUGUGUUCGGGUUCAAUAUUAAAUAAUCGAUGGAUUAUAACAGCAGCACAUUGUAUAUAUAAAAAUGGUUAUUACGACAAAUCGGCAUUUACUGUAUAUCCCGGCGCCCAAUCACGCAAACACUUACCACUCGGUUAUAGUGUGGACCAGUUGUACGCACAUCCAGACUAUAUAAGUGGUAAUGAAACCAAAUCUGAUAUCGGAUUAAUUAAAUUGAAACAAUGGAUACCACUUCCAACUAAACGACAACCAAUCAGUCUUAUGAAUGCCAUUUGUUUGCCCACUAAUAGUAGUAUUAAAAGUAGUAGUAGUGGUAGAUAUACACCGUCUACUGGUAUAUAUACACCGUCUGAAAAUCUUAAUCAGUUGGCACUGGUAGCUGGUUUCGGUACUUAUGGCAAUCACUUGCAUACUGUUAAUCGUCUACAUAUUGGUUGGGGCGAUUCUGGUGGUCCACUGUAUCAGUAUAUUAACGGUAGGGCAGUGCUCAUUGGUAUCAUUAGUGGCGCUGAAAAAUCUAAUACAAAUUGCUUGAAUCCAAAUGAUUACAAAAAACUAAUAUUAUUUGUACGCAUUUUACCGCAUUUGGAUUGGAUUACAAAUAUUGUAUCUAAUAAUUAG